UUUUUGGCAGGUGAUGACAAGUAAGACAGACAUGGGACUAAGCCUCGAAGAAGACCAGUCUUAACUCUCCAUCUUUGAAUAUUGACCCAUGUCAAUCAUCAAAACUAACACGACAGCAUGGAGACCAAUCAUGAUAUGGAUGAAAUCAGUUCUUCUAUAUCCAGUCUGUGUUCCAUGCUAGAGACAGCAGGCCACACUGCUAUACUACUCUCCCUGGACGGAAAGAAUCAGAAACUCUACCAGUGUGGCAGUGGUGCUGGAGGGAACUUUCUCUUACGGGAAAGGAAUACAGUGAAAAGUUUUGUCAGCUUCUGUACAGAUGUGUAUUCAGCAGAUACAACAGUUAACAUAGAAAACCAAGAAAAAGAUACAUGUAGAUUGGUUGUUGAGGAUAUAGAAACAAUUUUACGUGGAAAUUUGGAGGACGCAGAAUCAGACAAACAAAAGACAAAUGACGAGAUUAGUUCUGAACCUGACAAUGUGUCUGAUUUUGAUCCCAUUGAAACGUUUGAAGAUGAACAAGAUAGUUCAAGUACAGACCAUCUUUCCAAGGAAGAAAAAUCUGACAAUGAGGCACUGGUUUAUAAUAAUAUCCCAGAAAAACUUGAAGAUAAGGAAAUAAGUGUAAAGAAUGAUGUCUGCAGUCCUGGAUCUUUGCAGGCCAUAAAAAAGGUACAGAAUAACAGUAAGAAGAGUUCAGGGGAAUUACAGGAUACAGAAAAGAAUGAUGAAAUGGAAUUUGUACAACGGUCAGAAUUGAAAAGGAAAGGGAAGAAUCUAAGACAAUCCAGCAGGAAAGAGCGUAAAUUUGAUGGAAUUAUUCAACAGGAUGAAAUAAAUCAUCAGAAUGAACAAAUGAGAGAAAGGUUAAGAAGAAGGUCUGAACCAGUUGAAAAGAGAAAAAAGAAAAAUGUUAGUGAGGAAAAAGAUGAAAGUAAAAAUAACAAUAUGGAGGAGGUAGAAAAGUCAUUGGGACAUAAUUGUCUGUUUUGUGAUAAACAAUUGAAGAAUAGAAAAACUUUGAUUCAGCAUGUUGUCAGACAUGCAGGGCAGAAACUUCGAUGUAAAAUUUGUGACACUAUGUGUAAUAAGAAAAAUAUACUACAGGAGCAUGUUAGAAUGCAUGAAUUUCAGACCAGUGGACCCGGUUUGGACAACAGUGAGAUGUAUGAUGUUGAAAGUAGAACAUGUAAACUUUGUCAGGUUCAACUGGGCUCAGUUUUUUCUCUGAAGAGACAUAUGAAAUGUCAUGAAAACUUAAAAGAUUUUAAGUGUUAUGUAUGUGCUGAGAAUUUUCAUACCGAAAAGGAGUUAGCUUUACAUACGGCCAUUCAUAUGGUGUCACUGGUGUACUCGUGUGGGACUUGCAGGAUUGGAUUCGAUUCCGAGGAGGCUUUACAAUACCAUAGAGGAAAGAACAACUGUAGUGCUGCAGAGUUACCUGGGGAGACUAGCUUUAAUUGUUCCGUUUGUGAUAAAGGGUUUAUGUACCAGAAAAAUUUAGAAAAGCAUUUGGAAACGCAUAAAAAUAACCAAAAUUCUGCUUCCAACAAAGGGUCGACGCUUUCAGAAAAUACUGCUAAAACCAAUGGGGGACAAAGUGGAAUAGGUGCUGUUAACAGUGAUUUGAGCCAGUUAUCUUCACAUAAUGUCCAGCAACAAGACAUGGAAACAGGCUCUUCUUGUUUUGAUAGCAGGAACGUGGACCAAAAAAAUGCAGCUGAAAUUAAUCCAUCAACUGACAUUCCCACCUCUUCAUCACAGAGUGAGAAAAGUUCAAAAGAUCUUACAUGUAAUUUAUGUGGACAAAUAUUCAAGAAGGCAAUGGCCUUGUAUCGUCACAAAUUGGGGCACGACGGCACGGGAAUGUUUCCGUGUAGGUUUUGUAACUUUGUGACCAAUUCCAAAGACAAUCUGACCAGACAUGCCAAAACACACUUGGCAAAGCUUCCACAUAUUUGUGACAUCUGUGAUAAAGGUUUUACAGAAAAGUGUCAUUUAACUUUUCAUAUGAACUCCUCUCAUUUUCAUAAAAGGCAAUUCCUCUGCGACCAUUGUGGGAAAUCCUUUCGUGCUCAACAGUCCUUGCUUGCUCACAAACGAUCACAUAUGGGUACCAGGCCCUAUAAAUGCAGGUACUGUGAUCAGGCUUUCGUAACAGGAAGUGGGAAGAAAGAGCAUGAGAAAAUUCAUCAGAAUAAAAAGACCUACAUGUGUGAUUCAUGUGGGAUGUCGUUUAACCAGAGGUGCGGUUUAUACACCCAUAAACUCACACACCAUAAUGAUAAACCAUCAAAGAUCUGCCCGGAGUGUGGCAGGGCAUUCAAAACUGAUCAUUACCUUAGAUCCCAUUUUGUCUCCAGGCAUCUAAAACUGGAGGACGUGGAUAAUUACGGCUUUAAAGUCUAUACUUGUGAAGUUUGCCAAAAAUUAUUUUCAGACAAGAGCGACAUGAAAAGCCACAUGAAUAAACAUACAGGAGAGAAACCAUUUAAAUGUGCCUACUGCAACAAAGGCUUCUCUGACAGGAGUAACAUGAGGGCCCAUCAGCGAAUUCACCAGGAAUACAGGCCCCAUCUCUGUAAUAUCUGCGGGAAAGGCUUCAUCUUCAACAGGGACCUCAAGAAGCACCUCAGAACCCACUCGCCUCAAGCAGACGACACAAACAGAUUGCAGGAAUCGGACACAGCUGUGGAAUUUUUAAGGUCCUCAUUAAACACAGAUGAUGCGGGGGGUGCUGAAGUACAGAACCCCAAUACUGUGGGGGAGUUUGAAAUUCAGGUCAAAUUUUCUGAAGAUUUUAUGUAUAAAUGAUAAGAAAAAAUUUUAAUACACAAUAUUUUGUAUGUUUUUGAUAUUUCAAAAUCUUUGAACAUUUUCUUUGGUCAUCUACCUUAUUUUAUUACUUUUCAAAAAUCUGUGAUCAUGAUAUAAAAGAAAAUGAUUAUAUUUUUGUAACAGCAAAUUGUUUUACAUUUCUAUAACAUGUACAAUUACUAUUGUUUUAUAAUAUGUGGAUUAGAAUAAAAUUGUUUCUUGGUAGUGAUAAGUGUAGCAGUAGUUGAAACUCCUUUUUUAGCUCACAUUGGGGCCAUAAAACUUAGACAAGCUCACUUUUGAUCUCAGUCUCACUUUUAA